CGUUAACGCGGAAAUAAACACGGAAGCGCUUCAGAGAUAAACACGACGCGUAUGUUGUGUCGAGUUUCAUGCUGUACAAAUUUAAAUGGACUUAAAGUAAAUACAUUCCAGCAGAUUUCACACUGUAGUAUAUUUCUGUUUUGUUUAGUUUAGUCAGCACGCGUUUCUCUUGGUUCCUACAGUCUAAAUGGAGACAGACAGAUGUGUGGUUUUAGCCACAGAGAGAUAUGGCAGUGCCGAGUCCUGGAAGUAUUGUGCAGGCGAUGAAGUGUUGGAGAGGAAAAGAGACGGGAGUGAAGGGGAGUCAAGAGGAAACAUAAUUGUUCGAGGUUUUAAAAGUGUCUUUCUGCCUCAAGGCUAUCCAGAGAGCGUCAGUGAGGAUUACGUACACUACCAGUUUUGGGAUACUGUGCAGGCUUUCUGUAGCUCUCUGUCAGGGACUCUGGCCACGCAAGCUUCUCUCAAAGGUGUCGGUGUUGGAAACCAAGAGGCAACAGUAGCAGCAGCUACAGUGACCUGGUUACUAAGAGAUGGAACUGGCAUGUUGGGAAGAAUCCUCUUCGCUUGGCAGAAAGGGAGUAAAUUAGACUCUGAGGCCAAAAAAUGGAGACUUUUUGCUGAUGUUCUCAAUGACAUUGCCAUGUUCAUGGAAAUAUCGGCUCCAUACUUUCCUGCUUGCUUUACCCUUAUUGUGUGUACUGCAGGGGUAUUCAAGUCUCUUGUUGGAGUGGCAGGUGGUGCGACCAGAGCUGCUCUGACUGUUCAUCAGGCUCGCAGAGACAACAUGGCUGACAUCUCUGCCAAAGAUGGCAGUCAGGAAACUUUAGUGAAUCUAGCUGGACUGCUGGUCAGUUUAAUCCUCAUUCCCCUUGUCACUGAUAAUCCAAUACUGACUCUCAGCCUCUUCUUGCUCUUCACCAUCCUCCACCUCUUUGCCAACUACAAGGCUGUGCGCGCGGUUAUCAUGGAAACAUUCAACGAGGCGAGACUUUCGAUCGUGCUGCAGCAGUACCUUACAGACAAACGGAUCCUGAGUCCACUGGAGGCCAAUCAAAGAGAACCUGUUCUUCUGGAGUUUAAAAAAACUAUGCCAAUAAAACUUGGAGUGAAGCUACAGGAGGUUGUACUAAGCCCAGCUGAGCUGAAUUUGGCUUUGAAAGAAAACAAUAUGCCUUACCUGUUGGGAGCACAAAAUGGAUGCGUACUUGUUUGUUUGAGACCAGAAGCAUCAGUGCAUGAUGAAAUCAGAGUGAUGUGCCAAGCUGUGUGGCUCAGCAGCGUCCUGAGUCCUCCAAAUUCCAUAGAACAUCCGAAUCAGAAGAGUGAGGCUUUACCUCCAUUCAUUUUUUUUACAUAAAUCAAAGGGAUUUUUCUGAUGUAACAUGCUUUUUUAUGUUUCAAAAGAAAAUGGAUUAACCAAUACAUUUCCAGGUGUGGAAGCUGCAGGAUGGGACAUAAAACGAACUUUGCUGGAUUGGGACGAGUGGCGAGUGGAGUGGAAAACAAAACGCAACUGAGCUGUGGGACUUCUGCAUUGCACUGUUUAUUGAACAUUUCUUAAUGUUAAUUAAACAGUGACAUUUUUAUGUAUCCCUUGUUGGAAUCAAUUUGUAUGAUAAAAGUAAAAUAAAAAACAUAUUUUUGUAUGUGAGAACUUUGAUUUUUACUGGUAUAUUAAAAUUCAAAGCUGGGUCAGUGUGUGAAUAUUAAUUGAAGGGAAUUUUUCAACUUUUUUUUUUUAUUGUUAAAUUGAAACUGUACAAUACAUUGCAUGUAAAUGUGUUAAAAUGUGUCAAAUAAAAACAAUAUGACUGCAA